AUGCCUUCUCUUGAGCGUUUCACUUUGGGGCUGCAUGUGAUGACAGAUGCAGCAGCAGAAACCCAGCAGCAGCAAGAGCAGCGGCAGCAGCAGCGGGUAGAGCUAGCUGCUGCGCUGCAUAAUAUCACCAUCAACACCAACAACAAUAGCAGCAGCAACAGCAGCAGGGUUGUGACAGAUUUAGGUGGGGGGUGGAGGUAUGAAGAGGGGGCAUCCCCCUUGGGGGCCCCCUUUUGUAAUAUACUCGCGCAGCCCAAUAUGCAGGAGGCGGAAGAAGAAGAAGAAGAAGAAGAGGGGGGGGAGGACGAAGAGGAGGAGAGAGAAGAGCAGCGAGCAGAGCAGCAGCAGCAGCAGCAGCAGUAG